AUGUCUUCUCAGCUGUUUUUUGUAGCCUCGUCGACUGAUACUCAAGCUGCCCUUCCGGAGACUUUUCUUUUGAUCGCCAUAAUGUCCUCCCCAAAUGAAAGUGAGGUUAGGACGGUUAUCAGAAACACAUGGUUACGACUGUCACAGAAAGGUCCGACGGUGGUCCAGCACCGCUUUUCGAUAGGAACGAAGGGUCUGAGUGAGGCAAUGCGACUACAGCUAGAGGAGGAGCAAAAAGCUCAUGGAGAUCUUGCAGUAAUAGAAAACUUGGAGGAAACGUACUCGAAUUUGGCUCUCAAGACGCUAAGGACGAU